GAUUAUGAUGAUGAUAAAAGGUGCGAUGCUAAUAUGGAUCGUGCUCCUCGUUCUACCGGAGUCUCUUCUCGCAGUAGAAGAGGUUGUAGCAGUAGAAGAAACGGUUGUAGCAGUCGAAGGAGAGGUUGUAGAAGGAGAGGUUGUAAAAGAAAAAAUGGAUGCUACCGAGUUUACCCACCACGGGACAUAUAACUACACGUAUACACUGCCUGCUAAAACGGAAGCAAAGACUGAUGCACCUGAUGGUGGAAAGAUCAUAGACGAGAAGAAAGGCUCUGAAGGACCGACUAAAGUUGUAACGUGGGAUUACACUGAAGAACUUGAACCCAUCACUGAGAAAACUAUAGUUAUAACCUGCCCGGACAGCCAUAUUAAAUGCGGAGACGGUCUAUGUGUGAGUAAGAGGCUGCAGUGUGAUGGAACUAAGGAUUGCAGCGACGGAUCUGACGAGAUACCGGAAUUUUGCCUAGGGUAUACCUGUCCCGGGAAUGAUAUCAAAUGCGGGGACGGUCUACAAUGUAUAGAUCCGUGGCAAAAUUGCAACGACAAAGUGGACUGUCUUGAUGGGUCCGAUGAAUCCGAAGAAAUUUGUUCAGUAAGUUCAUGCGAAGAUCAAGAGAGUGAGAUUUUAUGCGGCGAUGGUCAGCAAUGUAUACUCAACCUGAAGCUCUGCGACGGCAAGGCACAGUGUGAAGAUGGCUCUGACGAAUCGGACGAAUUUUGUUGGGUGUGGGAUGGUCCCUGUCACAAAGGCUCACUAAAAUGUGCCGAUGGUAGACAGUGUAUUACAGCCAGUGGCAUGUGUGACGGAGUGAGACACUGCAAAGAUGGGUCGGACGAAAUCCCGGAAUUUUGCCAAAGUUUCACUUGUCCGGGUUAUCAAACUAAGUGUGGGGACGGCACCAAGUGUAACGCUAAUUGGCGAUUAUGUGAUGGCAAGAGUGACUGCGAUGAUGGUUCUGAUGAGGAACCGGGAUUCUGUGCGGGAUAUGAAUGUCUAGAUAAAAAAGAGAAAUGUGAUGACGGUCUACAAUGUAUUGCUUCAAACAGAGUGUGUGAUGAUAAGGCACAAUGUCAUGAUAAAUCGGACGAGUCCGCGGAGAAAUGUGGAGAUCCGGAUGGAGAAGUUGUUGUUGAGGUCAAAGUAACUAAAAAGAAGCGAAAGGGAAAAGGAAAAGGAAAAAAAGUCAUCCGGACAGGAAAAGAUAAACCCGAUGAAGAAGGUGAUAAAGAAGGUGGUGGUAAGAGACGGUACAGAGGCCUAGGAAGAAUCAGAAAGAAGAAGAUUGGUCCUAAUAAUGAGAUUAUAACUGAAAGUGCAACUAUAACCACUUCGUUCAUCACGGUCGUAUCUACCGAAGGACCUAAAGUAACAGAACCAUAUCCGACCUGUGACUGCUGGACUCCUGAGUGUGGCUACUGCUCUAACAUGGACUGUACAGUAAAGCAGGAUCUAAUCAACUCUCAAUCAGGGGUCGAAGUACACUCUCACAUCAAACGGAAGACGUUCAGUACCAUUGUACUGUAUGAAGAGGACGGAAAAGUUGUCGGCAGACUCCAGUGGAGUCUCUCCGGAAUCUACCUCACCGGGUGCAUCGCCUGCCAAACACCUCCAGCUUUAAAGAAAGCUACAGCCAAAGGCGGACAUACUGUAUGGUCAUUGUCCCUGAAAAACGGAUUUCUGCGAAUCAAGAUCGACGGAGAAGUCUUGUACAAACAAGAUCUCCGAGGAGAAUGCGCUGAUAUAUACGGUAAAAUAAAAAGAUUUGCCUUCUCGGACAUGAGUUGUGAGAAUUCUUUCUCUUUUGAUCCAGCGGAGAUGGAGCUUGGAGAGGGAAUAACGUCUGACUGCGGAGGGAAAUGUUCGCGGUAGCUGAUACGGACAAUAAACUGUUCUGAGUUUGAGUUUGGAUUGUUUGAACAUGUAGCUAUAAGGUGGAUAAGGCGGUAAGGCGUGUUAUUGUUGGAACCUUGUAUAAUUAGUCAAUGCAUGGGGAUUUGAGUUUGUUUACUUGUUCAGACAUGAUUCACAAACCCGAAUACUAGUGAGCAGGUGAACCUGAUUUUAUCUGACACGUGCCAGCUUUUAAACAAUAAGAUAUCAGUGUUGACCUAUCAAAACCACUGUCACGUGUCAAAACAAAUAUGGUUCACUUCCUUAUUAGAAUUCCAAUCUAUUAAUACAUUUAAAAAGUAAACAAUUUGCAAGAAUAAUUAAAUACUAAGAAUUACAUUAAAUAUUAAUACUGUUAUCAUACUGAUAAAACUGCAACCUAAAAUUAACUUGUAUACAUUUUAACAAAAUGUACUUUCAUCACGUGAUCCUACAGUUAUACAUUAUACAUUAUACACUUACAGUUAUACUUUUCGAUUUAUUAGUUCUGAUUUUUCAUU